GGCGGCGGCGGGUCGCGGGCGGAUGACGCGCGAGGCCGGCGGAGGAGCCGCCACUUCCUGGAGCCGCCGGCCGGGGCCGCUCGCUGCACUCAGCGCUGGAGCCGGGAGCCCGCGGCCGCCGCCAUGUCCCACCAGACCGGCAUCCAAGCAAGUGAAGAUGUUAAAGAUAUCUUUGCCAGAGCCAGAAAUGGAAAGUACAGACUUCUGAAAAUAUCUAUUGAAAAUGAGCAACUUGUGAUUGGAUCAUGUCGUCAGCCUUCAGAUUCCUGGGAUAAGGAUUAUGAUUCUUUUGUUUUACCUCUGUUGGAGGACAAACAGCCAUGCUAUAUAUUAUUCAGGUUAGAUUCUCAGAAUGCCCAGGGUUAUGAAUGGAUAUUCAUUGCGUGGUCUCCAGAUCAUUCUCAUGUUCGUCAAAAAAUGUUGUAUGCAGCAACAAGAGCAACUCUGAAAAAGGAGUUUGGAGGUGGCCACAUUAAAGAUGAAGUAUUUGGAACAGUAAAGGAAGAUGUAUCAUUACAUGGAUAUAGAAAAUAUUUGCUAUCACAGUCUUCCCCUGCCCCACUGACUGCAGCUGAGGAAGAAUUACGACAGAUUAAAAUUAAUGAGGUACAAACUGAUGUGGGUGUGGACACUAAGCAUCAGACACUACAAGGAGUAGCAUUUCCUAUUUCUCGAGAAGCUUUUCAGGCUUUGGAAAAAUUGAAUAACAGACAGCUCAACUAUGUGCAAUUGGAAAUAGAUAUAAAAAAUGAAAUUAUAAUUUUGGCCAACACAGCAAAUACAGAACUAAAAGAUUUGCCAAAGAGGAUUCCCAAGGAUUCAGCACGUUACCAUUUCUUUCUGUAUAAACAUUCCCAUGAAGGAGACUAUUUAGAGUCCAUAGUUUUUAUUUAUUCAAUGCCUGGAUACACAUGCAGUAUAAGAGAACGGAUGCUAUAUUCUAGCUGCAAGAGCCCUCUACUAGAAAUUGUAGAAAGACAACUACAAAUGGAUGUAAUUAGAAAGAUUGAGAUAGACAAUGGGGAUGAAUUGACUGCAGACUUCCUUUAUGAAGAAGUACAUCCCAAGCAACAUGCGCAUAAGCAAAGUUUUGCAAAACCAAAAGGUCCUGCAGGAAAAAGAGGAAUUCGGAGACUAAUUAGGGGUCCAGCUGAAACUGAAGCCACUACUGAUUAAAAUCUAUACAUUAAACAUUGCAAUACUAGUUUUUUAAAAGUCCAGCUUUUAGUACAGGAGAACUGAAAUCAUUCCAUAUUGAUAUAAAGUAGGGAAAAAAUUGUACUUUUUGAAAAAUAGCACUUUUCACCUCUGUGUGUUUUUAAAAUAAUGUUAUAUAAGACUCAUUAUUUCUAUUUUUGAGUUAAAGCUAGAAAAGGAUUCAACAUAAUAAUGUUUAGUUUUGUCACACUGUUUUCAUAGAGUGUUGAUUCCACACUUUCACAUAAUUCUUAAAAUUUUAUACAGUUGGGCCAGUUCCAGAAAGUCUGAUGUCUCAAAGUAGGAUAUACUUCUUAUUACAUUUUAGUGAAAUAUCUGAAUUCUUUUUUAAGAGAGACAGACCUUAAGACAUACUACUUAAUCAAUAUGUUGAGAACCAGGUUAGAUUAUUUUUUAAGCUGAAAAUUCAGUGUGCCUAGGAAAAGGUGGGAAGUUGGCUUUGAGGAGCUUUGCUAAUUCUGUCAGACUGUAGGAUCAUGUCUGCAACUUUUAGAAACAGUGCUUUAUUGCAGCAGUCUUUUCUAUUUGACUUUUUGUUUUUUUAAUGGCAUUGAAAUUUCAUAAGAUCAGCUUACUCUGAAACUUCAAGGGUACUAGAUAUUUUCUAUACUGCUGGAUUUCUGAUGACAUUGAAAGACUUUGAACAGCCUUAGUAAAUUCUCUCUAGUGCUUUAAAAAAUUUGCAUUUCCAAAGUAAGUCAUUUCAUUCUAAGAACUAUGGGGUCAAAUAUUUAUGUUCAGAUUGAAAUUUAAAUUAAUAUCAUUCAAAAAGGAACAAAACUAAAGUAAAAAAUAUGGAAAAAUUUUAAACAUCAAGAUUGACUUUUGCCCCCAAAACCAUAUAUUUAUAGGCAAAUUGUGUUCUUUAUCACUUCUGAGCAAAUAUUCAGAUUUAAAAUUGUUUUAAAGUCCUAGUACUUGGCCUAACAGAUAAACAUGUUAAGAAUCUUGUUUCAACUAAUAUUUUAUUUCUAAACACAUUUAACUGUUUUCUAAAGCUUUGCAUUUUCAGUUAGAACCUAGAGAGAUUUUGAGCCUCAUAUUUCUUUAAUACUUGAAAUAGAGCUAGAACACUUUGUUAAACCUGCUGCAAGAGCCAUAACUUUGAGGCAUUUUCUAAAUGAACUGUGGGGAUCCAGGAUUUGUUAUUUCUUGAUCUAAACCUUGUGCUGCCUAAAAAAAAAUCAGAAAUGCCCAUUUCAUAGUAUGAAGCACUCAUUUCUAAACCUUAUUAUCUAAGGUAAUGUAUGCACCUUUCAGAAAUUCAGUGUGUGUUCAAGUUAGUAAAGCGUAUAAGAAUAAUUAUGGGUUGACAGAAUUUUAAAAAUAGAAGUUAGAAUAUUUGUGUGGGGUUUUGUUUACAAAUAAUCAGACUGUAAUAUUUAAACAUGCAAAGUAAUCAACAAUAAUGUUGCACUUCUUAAGUUGUUCCAUGAGUGCACACAUAGACACGUGUACACACACAUUAUUACAUUAAAAAGCCUGGAGCUAUGUUGCAGACCAUAGCUGAAGCUGUUAGUUUCAGUCAGAAGAAUGUUACCUGUCAUGAAGAUAUAAAAUAAUUUAGUAGUGAAUGUUUUUCUCUACCAUCUGUGUGCAAUUAUAUUCUAAAUUCCACUACACUACAUGAAAGUAAAUGGACAUUCCAGAAUAUAGAUGUGAUUAAGUAGUCUUAAACUAAUUAUUAAUAAACCAAUGAUUGCUGAAAAUCAGUGAUGCAUUUGUUAUAGAAUAUAACUCAUCGUUUACACUAUGUUUUAGGUGGCAUUAUCAUAACUAGAUGGUGAAUAACAUAUUCCCAGUAAAUUUAUAUAGCAGUGAAGAAUUCAUGCCUUCUGUGGACAUUUUAUAAGUGCAUUUUAUAUCACAAUAAAAUUUUUUCUCUUUAA